GGCCACUCUUCUCAUUAUUCUACAUCUCCUAUGCUAGAAUAUAACAGGCUGUUGCUCUAAGAAGAAGCAUCGUGAAACGCGGCCCUCGUAGUAUCCAUUUGAAAGCCUUGCACUUAUCGUUAUCGACCCCGCACCAUGACGGUCCCUCAGCUCGACCAGGAGCAACUGGACGAGAUCUACUCUUUUUCAGUAGACCUCAGCCGUAAAGCCGGUCAACUCUUGCUAGAAAGCAUUGAAAAACGAAUCGAGGGCGAGGGAAGCCAGUCGGAGGAAGAAAAGGAGAACGCGGUGGAUAUUGUGACUCAGACAGAUGAAGAUGUGGAAACAUUUAUCAAAACCGCAAUCCAGGAGAAAUACCCCUCCCAUAAGUUUCUCGGAGAGGAGACAUAUGCCAAAGGACAAUCUCGAGACUACCUUAUCGAUGAAAACCCAACCUGGUGUAUCGAUCCACUAGACGGGACGGUUAACUUCACCCACAUCUUCCCCAUGUUCUGUGUCUCCAUCGGCUUUAUCGUCAAUCACAAACCCGUCAUAGGGGUAAUCUACGCUCCUUUCCAAGACCAACUUUUCUCGUCGUGUCUCAAUCGAGGCGCCUGGUUGAAUGAAAAGCGCCGUCUUCCACUCAUCCACAAGCCGUCAAUCCCGCCAAUGCCUCCCAACGCACCCAGCAAAUGUAUCCUUUCCUGCGAAUGGGGUAAAGAUCGCCGCGAUAUCCCUGAUGGAAAUAUGCACCGCAAGAUCGAGAGUUUUGUGAAUCUGGCGGCUGAACUUGGUGGUCGGGGUGGAAAGGGCGGCAUGGUCCACGGGGUCCGCAGCCUGGGAAGCGCGACGCUAGAUUUGGCGUACACUGCAAUGGGAUCGUUUGAUAUUUGGUGGGAAGGUGGCUGUUGGGAAUGGGACGUUGCUGCUGGAAUUGCCAUCCUUCUUGAAGCCGGUGGUCUAGUCACGACUGCCAAUCCACCGGCGGAUCCGGAUAAUGCCCCAAUUGAAGAUGUACGGCUAGGUAGUCGCUUGUAUUUGGCUAUUAGGCCGGCAGGACCAUCGGGCACCGAGACUGGGCGACAGACACAGGAGAGAACGGUAAGGGAGGUAUGGAAGCGUGUACGACAGCUUGAAUAUGCACGGCCUGGUGCUUGAUCUCUUCCUGAGGAUUUCGAAAACUAUAUAUGAUACUUUGUUGGAGGAGCUUGUUUUGAUGUAUGACGACAUGUCUAAUU